CAAAAAUGUUCACAGAAGCAAAAUAGCAAGAAGAAGAUCCAUCUACUUUGUUCAGAAAUAAAAAAAAAAAAAAAUAUAUAAAAUUAGCAAUUCUUCUCUUCAAGGCUGCUUUUAUUUUUAAUUCAUUAUUAUUGUUAUUCGUCGUUUAAAAAUCUAUUAACAAAUUAUAUGUUCAACGAAAUAUAACUGUAAAAAUUGAACAAAAGUGUACUUAAAGUAGUGGCUCUUCUACAGACACACAAAAAUUAUAUUAAAUUAAAACAAAGAGUACUCCCGUUUUUUUUCUGUCGAAUUCAGUUAUAAUAAAAUCACUUCAUUGUACUGUUUUUUCGACAGACGACGACACAAAUCCAAUUGGAAUUAUAUCGGAUUUGGUAUAAAUUAAUAAGACAACGGAAAAAGAUUCUUAGCCAAAAAAAAAAUAAAAUAAAAAACUUAAUGGAAUAACAAAGCGUGAAAAUAGUUUUAUCAAAUCUAUCGGAAUUUCACGCAGCUGAAACGCAAUAGAAUCUUUUAAUAAAUUUGAGCAACAAAUAUGUCAUCCCCAAGUGCUGGUAAACGUCGUAUGGACAACGAUGUGAUCAAAUUAAUUGAAAGCAAACACGAGGUGACAAUCCUCGGUGGUCUAAAUGAGUUUCAUGUGAAGUUCUUCGGGCCACAAGGUACACCGUACGAGGGUGGCAUUUGGAAGGUACGCGUAUAUUUGCCAGAUAACUAUCCCUUCAAAUCACCUAGUAUAGGUUUUGUCAAUAAAAUUUACCAUCCUAAUAUCGAUGAAUCAUCGGGCACUGUAUGCUUAGACGUAAUUAACCAAGCAUGGACGGCGCUUUACGACUUAUCCAAUAUAUUCGAGUCAUUUUUACCGCAACUCCUAACAUAUCCAAAUCCGGUCGAUCCAUUAAAUCGUGAUGCUGCAGCGUUGUACUUGCAUGAGCCAGAAGAGUAUCGGCGAAAAGUCGCCGAUUAUGUUCAACGGUACGCAACAGAGGAAGCUUUACGUGCACACCAAGAGCGUGAGAGCUCAGACAGCGAGUCAAGCAUGUCCGACUAUAGUGAAGAUGAAGCUAGGGAUAUGGAGUUAUAAUAUUGUUUUCGUCGUUUUAAUUUAAAAAAUAAAUUUUACAAAUUUAUUAUUGUAACUAUACACAUACAUAAUAAUAUAUUAAUUAUAAAUUAUGAAUAAUA